CCGGAAGUUCUUUUACCGAAAGCCGCCCGAUGGCCUCCUCGAGAUUUCCGAGAGGGUUUACGUUUUUGAUUGCUGUUUCACAACUGAUGUCCUGGAAGACGAUGAAUAUAAGGUCUAUAUGGGCGGCAUUGUUUCUCAACUUCGCGACAGUUUCCCUGAUUCCUCCUUCAUGGUUUUUAACUUUCGGGAGGGAGAAAAUGAGAGUUUUUUGACUGAGAUUUUGUCUGAAUAUGACAUGACUGUGAUGGACUAUCCCCGACAAUAUGAAGGCUGCCCGCUGCUUACCAUGGAAAUGAUCCAUCAUUUUCUUAGGUCAAGCGAGAGUUGGCUCUCUUUGUCUCACCAGAACAUUUUAUUAAUGCAUUGUGAAAUGGGUGGUUGGCCAGUCUUAGCAUUCAUGUUAGCCGGAUUAUUGAUUUACAGAAAACAAUAUACAGGCGAGCAGAAAACACUUGACAUGAUCUACAAGCAGGCUCCACGGGAGCUGCUGCAGUUGCUAUCACCUCUGAAUCCUCUGCCUUCACAGAUGAGAUACUUGCAAUACAUCUCCAGGAGAAAUGUUAGCGCCAUAUGGCCGCCUCUUGACAGGGCGCUUACUCUGGAUUGCGUCAUUCUUCGGUAUAUUCCUGACUUCGAUGGAUUUGGUGGGUGCCGGCCCCUAUUUCGGAUCUUCGGCCAAGAUCCAUUCAUGGCAGAUGAUCGAACUCCUAAAGUUUUGUUUUCGAUGCCUAAAAGAAGCAAAGCAAUUCAGUUAUAUAGACAGGCAGACUGUGAACUUGUUAAGAUUGACAUUCAUUGUCACAUUCAGGGUGAUGUUGUGCUCGAGUGCAUUAACCUAGAUGACGAUCUUGAACGUGAAGUAAUGAUGUUCCGGGUUAUGUUCAAUACAGCUUUCAUUCGAUCAAAUAUUUUGAUGCUUAAUCGGGAUGAAAUUGACAUUUUGUGGAAUUCUAAGGACCACUUCUUAAAGAAUUUCAGAGCUGAGGUUCUUUUUUCAGAAAUGGAUGCCUCUAAUUCACACAUCUUAGUUGAGCUUCCACAUAUUGGGGACAAAGAUGGCCUGCCAAUAGAGGCUUUUGCAAAAGUGCAGGAGAUAUUUAGUAAUAUGUCUUGGAUGGACACAAAUGGGGAUGCUCCACAAACUGUUUCAAAUAAAAAGCAAAUUGCUGUUUCUUCACAAAAUGAAAGUACUGAAAUCACGCCUCAGAUUUUGAGACCUGAGUUUUUUAAGGCGAAACUCAUAACCAAUGAUGCUUAUGAUGUAAUCACCAAUUCAUCAUCUAUUACUCCCAUGAAUAAAUCUAUUUCCCCGCCGAAACACCCUUCCGACACAGGUUUGAUGAAUCAAAAAGCUCAUCCUACUCAACCUGGGAAAACUUCCCACUGCUUGGAAUCAUCUCAAGCAAUUCCAGUUUCUUCGAGAAAAUCAUUACGAAGAUCUCCAACACAUGUUUCGAGAUAUCAUAGUGCACCUUCAGCCCUGGGAACCCUAGGUAUUACAGCCUUACUGCAUGAUCAUGACGCCUUUGGAAGAUCUGAAGUUUCUAAUUCAAUGUCUUUGCCCCCAUCUGCUCCAACACUUUCAGCUGUUACGAUUUCUGCCAUGCCAGAGACUUAUGAAGUCAGAACCGCUUCACCAACAGCAUUAUCACUAGAAUUUCAAACCUUAAAGUUACUGCCAACACCAUCUUCACCAGUUGCAGCUGCUACUAACUCUGCAGUUCUAACUCUGUUGCCUCUGUCACCAUCUUCGUCCUCAUCUUUUUCAGAAAGCCUUCCGAGAAAUGAUACAGUAGGUCCUAUAAUUGCAAACUCAGCUGUUUCUUUAACUACCAAAGCUCCUAGUAUAACAUUAUCAACUUCAGGACAAACACCAUCCUUGUUGCUUCCAUCAAUACCUCAAUCAAUUCCACCUCCACCUCCACCUCCACCUCAUCCACUAAUGUCAGCCUCAAGAAAGCCAUCAGUCCCUUUAAUAGUAUCCCAAAAAACACUGGAUAUGGCUGAAACCAUAGCCUCAAAUCCUUCAAUUUUCAAUGCUUCUUUUCCAGUCAAGGAAAAUGCUGUUUUGCCAGCGAAGUAUGAUGCUUCUUCACCAAUCAAGGCCACAGCUACUUCACUAGUUAAGGGCAAAGCUUCUUCAGCACCACCACCUCCACCUCUGCCCCCCAUUGGAAUAUCAUCUUCACCUCUCUGUCCUAGUACUACUAUAUGUGCUCUCCCACCGCCACCGCCACCACCACCACCUCUGCCACCUACAGUUAGCAUAAAAGGCAUGCCAUCUACAGCCUCUCCCCUUCCCCUUCCCCCUCCCCCUCCCCCUCUCCCUCCCCCUCUGUUGACAGUUAGCCAAAAUGAUAUAUCAUCUACAACUUCACUUUCACAGCCUCUUCAACCUACAUUAACAAUUAUAAAAAAAGACAUGCCAUCUACAGUUCCUUUGCCGCCUGCACCUCCUUCAUACUAUUCAUCCAGCACCUUUCCACGUGCUUCAAUAGUCAAUAUUGCUUCUGCACCUCCACCUCCACCUCUACCUUCAUGUUCUCCACCGAUGUCUUCAAUGCUGGCCCCUCACCAUCGUCAUCCUUCGCAGAAUUCUAAUGGCCCUAAUGUUCCAGCAGUGCCACCUCCAGCUCCUUUUAAGGGAAUGAGCUUCUCUUCUGGAUCUCUACCUCCUAGUGCAACGAGCACUCUACCUGGUGGUGUUAAAGGACGAAAUUCGGUCCGCUCAACGAGCAAUAACCAUCGGAGUUUACAGUCGCCGGCAAAAAGGACUUCUCUAAAGCCAUUGCAUUGGGUUAAAGUGACAAGAGCAAUGCAGGGAAGCUUAUGGGCUGAGACCCAAAAAGCUGACGAAGCUUCAAAGGCUCCAGAGUUUGAUAUGUCUGAGCUAGAGAGUCUCUUCUCAGCAGCUGUUACAAAUUCGGAGCAAGGUUCAGUUGAUAAAUCAAGUGGGCGUUUAUCCCUUGGUCAAAAAUCUGUCAGAGUUCAGCUGAUCGACCUUCGACGGGCCAAUAACUGCGAAAUUAUGCUUACGAAGGUCAAGAUACCGUUAUCUGAUUUUGCUGUACUUGCGCUGGAUGAGUCUGUUUUAGAUGUUGACCAGGUUGAGAACCUCAUAAAGUUCUGCCCAAACAAGGAGGAAAUGGACUUAUUAAAAAAUUUCAAUGGAGACAAAAAACGCUUAGGAAAAUGUGAACAGUACUUUUUGGAGUUGAUGAAAGUCCCACGGGUGGAAUCAAAGCUCAGAGUCUUUUCUUUUAAAAUCCAGUUCCGUUCACAGGUUUCCGAGCUUACUGUGAACUUAAACAUUGUUAAUUCUGCAUCUCAGGAGAUCAGAAAUUCAGCCAGAUUGAAAAGAGUAAUGCAAACAAUUCUUUCUCUGGGAAAUGCAUUAAAUCAGGGUACUGCUCGAGGUUCUGCAAUUGGGUUCCGAUUGGAUAGCCUUCUCAAACUGACUGAUACACGUGCACGAAACAAUAAGAUGACACUGAUGCAUUACUUAUGCAAGGUUAUUGCUGAAAAGCUCCCAGAGCUUCUUGAUUUUCACAAGGAUCUUGUUAGCCUGGAAGUUGCUUCUAAGAUUCAGUUAAAAGCUUUAGCAGAAGAAAUGCAGGCCAUAAGCAAAGGGCUUGAGAAAGUCGAACAAGAAUUGAUGACAUCGGAAAAUGAUGGUCCUAUAUCAGAGACCUUUCGUAAGACCUUGAAGAAGUUUCUUGUUGAUGCUGAAGCUGAAGUGAGGACGCUAACUUCACUUUAUUCUAACGUGGGCCGAAAUGCAGAUGCAUUAGCUCUUUAUUUUGGGGAAGAUCCAGCACGUUGUCCAUUUGAGCAAGUGACCAAUACUCUCUUGAACUUCAUAAGACUGUUCAUGCGAGCCCAUGAAGAGAACUGCAGACAGCAAGAGCUCGAGAAGAAAAAACAACAGAAGGAAGCAGAAACUGAAAAGCUGAAACUCAACACUGCAAAGAGGGAAGGCGAUCCCACACAUUCUCCAUCAAAAAAUGCCAGAUUCAGAUGACUUCAUAGAUAUUUUACAGUUAUUUUUACAUGCAUGGCACUCGAAACUUUGCUAUUUACAAAACUAACAACCAGUUAAUCUUUUUUCACCCACCGAACCACUGGUGCAUUUACACAUGCCACAAUUAAAUCAUUUGGAAAUUUGAUAAAAAUGAAAAAUAUGUGGGUGAGAGUUUGAAGAACAGAUGAAAGAUGAUGCCAGUUUUGUAAAUAGCAAAGUUUCAAAUGCUAUCUAUGUA